AUGGAGUUCAUGUCUGUGACAAUGCAUUGGAUCAAGAUGAACUUUUGUACAAAGCAUUCAAGUACUUCGAUAAAGAUAAGAAAGGGUAAUUUAGAAAUCAAGGAAACGGUUUUUUCUCUACCCAAAAAUAAAGCUCCGGGACCAGACGGCUUUACAGUAGAGUUCUUUACAACGUCAUGGGAUUUGGUAGGCAGAGACCUGAUUGAGGCAGUCAAAUUCUUCUUUGUCAAUGGAUCUCUCUCAAGACAAGUUAACUCCACAGUGAUAUCCCUCAUACCAAAAAUUCCAGGAGCGUCAACUCUCUCUGACUUUCGUCCAAUUUCCUUAUGUAAUACAGUCUACAAGGUGAUUUCGAAAAUCCUGGCAUCUCGUUUAAAGCUUGUAACAGUCAAUGCGGUUCAGAGAAACCAAGUGGGAUUCGUUAAUGGGAGGUUACUGUGCGAGAACGUGUUGCUUGCUUCAGAGUUGGUAACUGAUUUUCAUAAGCCGGGACCGAUAACAAGAGGAUGUUUGCAAAUUGAUAUUACAAAGGCGUAUGAUAAUGUCAACUGGGAUUUCAUGGUUAAUAUUUUGGAAGCCCUUCAUCUUCCUCAAAAGUUCAUCUCAUGGAUCAGGUCUUGUAUUACUUCUCCCCACUACUCUGUUGCGCUUAAUGGGGAGCUUGUGGGUUUUUUCCCAGGAAAAAAAGGGUUGAGACAAGGUGAUCCUAUCUCAUCCUCUUUAUUUGUCUUGGCUAUGGAUGUUCUCUCCAAAUCUCUUGAUGAAGGAGCUUUAUCUGGACGUUUUGGACCUCAUCCGAUUUGCCUCGAUCCUCUCAUCACUCACCUAAGCUUUGCCGACGAUCUUCUGGUUUUCUUUGAUGGCAAGGAAGAGUCGUUGGAAGGAAUUGUGGAUAUUUUAAGAGACUUUCAGAAGAUUUCUGGUUUAACCCUGAGUCUGAGAAAAACUUCCCUUUUCCUUGAUGGAGCAGAUUUUCAAUUCACUCAGGACCUAGCUAAUAAGUUUGGUAUUCGACAAGGAUCCUUGCCGGUGAGAUAUUUGGGACUUCCUUUACUGCCUAAAAAGCUUUCUCUCCAAGACUGUCAGCCGCUUCUUGAUAGGGUGAAAUCCAGAAUCGGCUCUUGGAUGGUUAGACCUCUAUCUUUUGCCGGAAGAUUGCAGUUGAUUAAAUCGGUUUUGAAUGGGAUUAUCAAUUUCUGGGCAUCUGUUUUCCCUCUUCCAAAGAGGUGUAUGGAAGUUAUUGAGAAGAUGCUUAAUGCAUUUUUAUGGAGUGGAACUUCAAAUUCGGCAAAAGGAGCAAAGGUGUCGUGGGAAGCAGCUUGCUCGUCUAAGAAGUCAGGAGGGUUGGGUUUGAAAAGAUUAAUCCACGUGAAUCAAAUCUUUGGGCUUAAACUCAUUUGGAUGCUUUUUGUUGAACAAGGAUCGCUCUGGGUUGCUUGGAUCAGAGCCUGGGUAAUUAAACACAGAGACUUUUGGUCUUUUGAUUUCCGAGCUAUUGGAAGCUGGAUUUGGAGAAGACUAAUGAAGCUUCGGGAGUUAGCUCGCCCAUACCUUUUCUGUCAAGUGGUCUCAGGAAAGUCGGCCUUAUUUUGGAUUGAUGAUUGGACGAAUCUCGGCCCUUUAAUAGAAAUCACCGGAGCCAAUGGUCCGCGAAUAGUAGGUAUUCCGCGUUCUGCCACGGUUUCUCAAGCCUUAGCUAAUGGAGCUUGGUCCCUGCCUAGAGGGAGAAAUCCGAUUCUGGUUCUUUUGAGAAAUUGUCUCCCGCCUCCUCUGGUUCUUAGUGAAGAGGCCAUUCCGGAUAUUUACUUGUGGAAAAAUGAUCAAAAUUCGCCACCGGGGAAGUUUUCAAUGGCGAGAGCAUGGAAUUCACUUCACCCUUCUCCUCCCACGGUUUCUUGGUAUAAUUCAGUUUGGUUUAAAAACCAUAUUCCGAAACAUGCCUUUAUCUUUUGGCUGACUGUUCAGAACCGGCUAGUCACUAGGGAUAGGAUGAGAUCUUGGGGCUUGAGGGUACCAGAGGAAUGCCUCCUUUGCGGGUCAUCUAUUGAAUCAAGGGAUCAUCUCUUCUUCCGUUGCACUUAUUCCCAGACAGUGUGGAACUCUUUCUUCUCCCACGGGUCCUUAAUCCCUCCAACGGAUCUCGAUGGCACUAUCUCAUGGGUUUGUGCUUCUUUUAAUUCACCUAAUCUGAAGACUAUUUGCAAGCUUAUUGCACAAGCUGUGGUUUACUUCCUAUGGUCAGAGCGCAAUGUAAGACUUCAUUCUCCUUCCUCAAAGACCUCCCACACUUUGACGAAGGAAAUAAACCUUACAUUGCGAGCAAAGCUUGCGGGGCUUGACAGAGCAUUUCAAUUUACCUCUACGACUCCUUCUCUUCGCUCCAAUUCUAAUGAGAGUUUCCUUCACACUUGGUUUGAGUUUAUCCAGACAUCUUGA